GUCUGCAGUCACAACCGGCUUCUAAUCUGCAAGAAAAAAAAAAAAAAAAAAACAUGGAUAUGGAGAAGAAAACCACAGAUUUUUCCGGAAAAUGGAAAAUGAAGUCUUCGGAAAACUUCGAGGAUCUUUUGAAAGCACUUGGAGUGAAUGUGUUCCUGAGGAAGAUUGCAGUGAGAGCGGCCUCCAGCCCGGCGGUGGAAAUCACCCAGCAGGAUGAGAGUCUGUCCAUCAAGACAUACACCAGCGUCCGCACCACCCAUGUCUCCUUCACCGUGGGUCAGUCCUUCAACGAGACCACAGUGGAUGGACGUCCCUGCACGAGUUUUCCUAAGUGGGAAACAGACAGCAAGAUCAGCUGUGAACAGACCGUACAGAAAGGCGAUGGGCCCAGAACAGCGUGGACCCGAGAGCUGACCAACGAUGGAGAGCUGAUACUGACAAUGACUGCAGGGGAUGUUGUCUGCACCAGAGUUUAUGAGAGGGAAUGAGGAAACGUUUUCAAGACUGUCAUUCAAUACUCCUGUUUUGCGCCUCAUGCAUGGUUUACAUUUACUCGCCUUGCUUAUUUCCUCGUCGUCCUCCCAGCCAGUCAGAUGUUGGUCAGAUCUCAAACAGUGCACUGUGUAUAAGAAAAGCUUUAGUUUACAUGAUUGUAUGUUGGCCCUGUAGUUGCUUUUGGAACACCAAAGAUGCCUGAACUUGCUCUUUACGUAUCAUAUAGAAAUGUCAUACAUCCUUUUCCUAAAAGCUGU